CAUAAUUUGAUGUUACGCACAAGUAAAAUUGUGUCAAUUAAUGUCAUUUAUUCAAAUUAGCUGUUAUCCUACGUCAACAGUAUAUUUAAACUUUGUACUAAAAUGUUACCGCAAUUUCACUGCCGUGACCAAUGUUUUAAUGCAUGUUUUCAUCUCUUUCAUUCUGUUUCACAAAACAGAGACCACAAUAAGUAGGUAUUAUACAAGUGUCAUAUAUACAAGUAUCACGACAGUGGAGUUCUACGGUUACAUUGUUUGCAUUUGUUCAUGUCAGAGCGCUAUUUGAUGCACUUACUAUUUGAACUCGUACGUAAUAUUAACUGUUUAUAUAGCGAUUAAUGCCUUAUCAGUUCAGCUUCCGACAUCUGUAAGUGAGAUCGUUUUUUGGUAUCAACGUAACAACAAGGUGUUAUGGAAUACUACAAUAGCUAAGAAAGCUAUCAACCACUAGCAGCAUGGCGGUGCUUCGAAAUGUUGACAACCCGGCCAACAAGGCGACCGACUCCGUGGCCUUGCGAUACGCCGUCGCAGUGCUCGCCGCUUGGGCGGCUGAAUUAAUUACGUAUCCAUUUGAUUUGACAAAAACAAGACUGCAAAUUCAAUCGGAGGUUGCCACCGCGAAACAAGGCUUCAAGCUUGAAAAUAUCGGUAUGAUAGGCACGGCUUCUAAAAUAGUAAAGAACGAGGGAGUACUGAAACUGUGGAGUGGUCUGAUGCCGAUGCUGCAGCGGCACGCCAUCUACUCGGGCUGUCGGCUCAUCUUCUACGAGAGGUUCCGCAACGCACUCAAAGACGGUCAGGGCAACACCUCACUCGCCGCGCAGUCCCUCUGCGGAGCAUCCGCGGGCGCGCUGUCGCAGCUGAUCGCGUCGCCCACCGACCUGGUGAAGGUGCAGAUGCAGGCGGAGGGCCGCCGUCUGUUGCAAGGCAAGCGGCCACGCUUUGCCAACUGCCGGCAGGCCUACUCCAUACUGUACUCCGAGAGCGGCAUCAGGGGCUUCUGGAGAGGCGCUAUCCCGAACGCGCAGCGAGCAGCGCUGGUAAACCUCGGUGACCUGGCGGCGUACGACUCGUGCAAGCGGCUGUUGGUGCGCGACAUGGGCAUGACAGACUCACCGCUGGUGCACACACUGGCUGCCUUCGCAGCCGGCUUCGUCGCCGCGGUCAUGGGUACGCCCGCAGACGUCAUGAAAACGCGCCUCAUGAACCAGCCGGUGGGACCUGACGGCAGAGGAUUACUAUAUCGCGGUCUGGUUGACUGUGUCCGGCAAUCUGUGAAGAAUGAGGGCGUCUUAACAUUAUACAAAGGAUUCUUACCGACGUGGGUAAGAAUGGGUCCGUGGGCGUUAGUCAACUGGGUUGCCUUUGAAAAUAUUAUGCUCGCUGUUGGGGGUAAGCCUUUCUGAAAUGUAACGAACAAGUAGUAACUAAGAAUAUUUAAAAAGUAAACAGCGCAUAAAGUUUUCAUUACACUUCAAGUAUUAUUUUUUCUUAACACGUUCACUGCCACUGACGAGUUUCAUAAUAAAAAAUUAUAGUGACAUUUAACGUGUUAGGAUUUAUUAUAGAUACUUCUCCAUACUCGUUUGUUAAAGGUAUCUAUUAAAUUGGAAUCGGCUUUGUAUGUGAUCAACACACAUAAAAUGUGUACGGGUCGUUUCAAUUCAAAAUAUGAUAAUACCUAACAGGAAACAGUUUUUUUUUUUUUUUCAGUUAUUCAUAAGGUACUUAUGUAUGUACUUACUGUUAACAUUUGCCCACUUUGCAACUAAUAAACGGUAUUGUGACAGAUUUAACACACCUGUCAUUUCGUAUAACGGGAGUAGGUAAAAAAUAGAAUGCCAUAUAUUUGAAAAGUACUACUCCCUUAAUUAAACUGUAGAUUUCAAAACAAUUAUUUUUUAACUUUUAUUGGUCUUGGGAGUUUUGUGAGCAAUACUUGAAUAAGUAUUUUAGAAUAAAGGCUUACGAAAUAAUUUUUAGCAUAGUCUGU